AGAGCCAGGCCGGGCACCGCCGCUUUCAGCCGCGCCGAGCCGAGCCGGGCUGAGCCACGCUGGGGCAGCGGCCAUGUACGGUGAGUUCCCCCUGGAGCCUGGCCGGGCUGGGGCUGUGCGUGCACCCCCCGGAUUGCCGGGGACUUGGGGCUCACCCUCCCCCCCCCCCCCUCCGGGGUUGGGCUGUGUGGCCCCAAGGCCCGAUCAGGGUUGGGGGGAUCUCGGCCCUAAGUAGGGCUUUGCACUCUGUUUAUUGCGGGCUGUUCCCUUUUUGGCAUUUGUGAGGCUUUGGUCCUGCAUAGGGCUGGGCAUCUCCUGGUUACUGAGGGUGUAUCCCGCUGGGAUGGAUGCACCUCGGUCUUGUAUAGGGCUGUGCACCUCGGAGUUAAUGGGGGUGCAUCUCUUCUUUGGGAUGAGGGGGUCACUCCAUUUCGGAAAGAGCUGUGCACACUCCCAUUUAUUGGGGGUUGAGCCUUAUGUGGGAGACCGUGGUCUUUUUAUGGGGCAGCACACCUCUCAGGUUAGUGGGGAUUGAUCCCUGUUUGGUUCUGGGAGGACCUUGGUCCUAUGCAGAGCUGUACGUCUCCUCAGCUAUUGGAAGUGACCCUUCUUUGGGGCUAGGGGGAGACUUUGGUCUUGUACAGGGCUAUGCAUCCCCUGGUUACUGGGAGGUGACCUCUCUUUGGGGUUGGGACGCAUGCUAUGAUCCCUUAAGGAGCUGUGCACCUCCUUUUAUCACUGGGGCAUUGCCCUAUUCCUGGAUGGGCAGAAUGGGAAUCUGUUAACCUCUCCCCUCCUCAUUAGCCACCCCACCAGCCCAGGCUCUGGGGUCACCUGCUCCCCACCGCAGAGAGGAUCUUGCUUUAUGGGGUGAAUGACACCCACAUUGCUGGGGAAGCACCCAGUCCUUGCGGUUGGGAAGCCUGGGGUGCCCUACAGGGCUCUUCAUCCCCACCUGGCUACCUGGGAAGGGUCACGCAUUCCUGUCCCAGAUAAGGAGAGGUCUUGGUUCUAUAUAUGGGUGCCCUGCAUGGUACCGGGGUCCUGACGUAGCGCAGACCUCAGUCCUACAUAAGCCCACACAUGCUGGGGUGCUUAUAACUUGAUGUCCCUGAUGUUGUCACUGUUCUCACCCUGCAGCACAGCACAGACGCGUGGUGUCCUGCAUCCCACACUGGGGCGAUACUGGCUGUAAUGGGGAGCAGCUGGCAGAGCAGCUGGCCAUCCCCCCCCCGCCCAGGGCUGCGCUAAGCUGCUGGGAGCUUUUGGGAAGGGCUGGGGGGGGUGGCUGGGUGGCAGCCGGCUCUUAAAUCCUUGCUCCCUGCUGCCUGAGCAUCCUUUUUGGGCAGUCAGCGCAGGGUGAACACUGCACAGAGGUGGGAACCCCGUUCCCUGCAUCCCCCUGCCCACUGGGGUCGGUUGGCUGAGCCUCAUCUCUGCAAGGAGCUGCAGUGCCAGGGGAUGUGUGCAGAGUGAGGAAGGGCAGAGCGUCCCUGUGGGGACCUGAAUGUGAAUCCGAGGACAAACGCCAGGCUGGUCCCUUCCCCAGCAGCGGCUUGCAGUCUUGGAAAGCAUCCAGAAGCUGGAAAGCUCUGUGGGAUACUUCGGAUGAAAGCCACCGCUGAAAAUGGGAGAGCCACGCUUCGACCUCAGCUGUGCCAGACUCAGCCUGGGUGGCCGAUGUCAUGCUGAGAGUGCAGUUCUGUGACCCAAACUGUCCCCGAUGGGAGCUCGCUGUCGUGAGCCAUGCUUGGAGAUUAGCUUCUCCUUGGGGUAUUUUACAGUGCAGGAGCUGGAAUGCUGCCGGUGGGCUUUGGCAGGUGUGUGUGGCUGCUGUGGUGCCCUGCGUCCCCGCUACAAAAGACUUGUUGACAACAUCUUCCCCGAGGAUCCAGAGGAUGGGUUGGUGAAGACCAACAUGGAAAAGCUGACGUUCUACGCCCUGUCUGCCCCAGAGAAGCUGGAUCGCAUCGGCGCUUACCUCUCUGAGCGGCUUAUCAGAGACGUGAGCCGGCACCGAUAUGGGUAUGUCUGCAUUGCCAUGGAGGCCCUGGACCAGCUCCUCAUGGCCUGUCACUGCCAGAGCAUCAACCUCUUUGUGGAGAGCUUCCUGAAGAUGGUGGCGAAGCUGCUGGAGUCAGAGAAGCCCAACCUACAGAUCCUGGGGACCAACUCAUUUGUGAAGUUUGCCAACAUUGAGGAGGACACCCCGUCUUACCACCGCAGCUAUGACUUCUUUGUCUCCCGCUUCAGUGAGAUGUGCCACUCUAGCCACGAUGACCUGGAGAUCCGGACAAAGAUCCGGAUGUCUGGCAUUAAAGGCCUGCAAGGGGUAGUGAGGAAGACAGUGAAUGACGAACUUCAAGCCAAUAUCUGGGACCCACAACACAUGGACAAAAUCGUGCCCUCGCUGCUCUUCAACUUACAGCACGUGGAGGAGGCUGAAAGCCGCUCCCCCUCCCCACUGCAAGCCACUGAGAAGGAGAAGGAGAGUCCCACAGAGCUGGCAGAGAGGUGUCUGCGGGAGCUGCUGGGCCGGGCAGCGUACGGCAACAUCAAGAACGCCAUCACACCUGUUCUCAUCCACCUGGAUAACCACUCGCUGUGGGAGCCGAAGAUCUUUGCCACCCGCUGCUUCAGGAUCAUCAUGUACUCAAUUCAGCCACAGCACUCCCAUCUCGUGAUCCAGCAGCUUCUUGGCCACCUGGAUGCCAACAGCAAGAGCGCAGCCACCGUGCGUGCGGGCAUUGUGGAGGUCCUGUCAGAAGCAGCAGUGAUUGCAGCCUCUGGAUCUGUUGGCCCCACGGUGCUGGAGGUGUUUAACACCUUGCUGAGGCAGCUGCGGCUCAGCAUCGACUACGCGCUGACGGGGAGCUACAACUGCAUCACUGGUGUCAGCAGCAAGAUCAUCAAAGAGCACGAGGAGAGGAUGUUCCAGGAGGCUGUCAUUAAAACCAUAGGGUCCUUUGCCAGCACACUGCCCACUUACCAGCAGUCAGAGGUGAUGGCCUUCAUCAUGAACAAGGUGCCUCUGCCAUCCACGCAGCAGUCCAUUGAGGCUGGCAAAGCUGGGGAGAACCGAAAUAGGCUGACGCAGAUAAUGCUCCUCAAGUCCCUCCUACAGGUCUCCGUGGGCUUCCAGUGCAGUAACAUGCUCACAGCACUUCCCAGCGCCUUCCUGGACAGGCUGCUCUCUGCAGCCCUCAUGGAGGAUGCUGAGAUUCGCCUCUUUGUCCUUGAGAUCCUCAUCAGCUUCAUUGAUCGCCAUGAUAACCGGCAGAAGUUCUCUACCAUCAGCACCAUCAGCGACAUCUCAGUCCUGAAGCUGAAAGUGGAAAAAUGCUCGCGCCAAGAUUCUGUCUUCAUGAAGAAGCAUAGCCAGCAGCUCUUCCGGCACAUCUACCUGAUAUGCAAGGAGGAGAGCAACAUCCAGGCUCACUACGAGGCUCUCUACAGCAUGCUGGUUCUCAUCAGCAUUGAGCUGGCUAAUGAGGAGGUCGUAGUGGACCUCAUCCGCCUGGUGCUGGCAGUGCAGGAGAUAGCUCAGAUCAACGAAGACAACUUGACAGCAUACAACCGCUGUGCGCUCUUCGCCCUUGGUGCGGCUUACCUGAACCUCAUCAGCCAGCUCAUCACAGUGCCCACCUUCUGCCAGCACAUCCACGAGGUCAUCCAGAUGCGACAGAAGGAAGCUCCCUAUCUGCUCCCUGAAGAUGUGUUUGUGGAGAAACCCAGAUUAAGCAAGAGCCUUGACCGCCUGGGCCCGGAGGUUUUCUUCUGGCAGAGCAAGAUCAGUGAAGUGCUGGGUGGCAGCGGUUACAAUGCAGACCGGCUCAGCACACCCUAUGUCCCCCAGCUGACUGAUGAAGACCGCUUGUCCAAGAGGAAGAGCAUUGGCGAGACCAUUUCCCUGCAGGUUGAAGUGGAGUCUAGAAACAGUCCUGAGCGAGAGCAGAGAGCACCAGCUGAAGAGAUCACAUAUGAGACACUGAAGAAGGCAAUAGUAGACAGUGUUGCUGUGGAGGAACAAGAACGAGAGCGGAGGCGACAAGUGGUGGAGAAAUUUCAGAAAGCCCCAUUUGAGGAGAUUGCUGCUCACUGUGGCGCCCGGGCGACGCUGCUGCAGAGCAAACUCAACCAGAUCUUUGAGAUCACCAUACGGCCACCACCAAGCCCAUCAGGCACCAUCACAGCUGCCUACGGCCAGCCCCAGAACCACUCCAUCCCAGUGUAUGAGAUGAAGUUCCCGGACCUAUGUGUGUACUAAGGAUGGCCGUGCUGGUAGGACAGAGCCUCUGCUGCACAGCUUGUGCCAAAGGACCUCCUGGGGAGAGACUGCCAACCACCUGGAGAAGCGCAUCCUUCUGCAUGACAGAUAGGGACAUGGACACUAAGACUACCCCAAGAUUCAUUGGCACCCCAAACCUGUCUCAUGUACUUUCUUUAGUGAUCCCCUGCCAAUGUUUUGGGGGCAGCUGGUGGUGCAGGAAGGUGUGUCAUUGCUCUGACCUCCCUCUCCAGUUUUGUUUUUGGGAAGGGGAUAGGAGAUGCUCUGGUUCCUGGCAGAGAGCUUUGGGCAUGUACAUCUUCCCAGUGUAAAGCAAACCUGUUCCUUGGGGAAUCCCUCCCCAAAUCAUCUGUUAGCCAUGUUGAGAACCCCUGGCGAGGGUGCAGGGGUGAAGCUGCAGGGUGUGAGAUUGUAAAAGGGGAUGUGCGGUGCAGCACGCCGGAUGCUGGGGCAGCUGUAAAACUAAAUCCUGCUGGAGCUCAUGCACAAGGGAGAUCACUGGAAAGGGUGCAGUCCACACGUCCAGCUCCUGGCCUGUGAGCUGCAUCUUCCCAGCAGCUGCCCCAGUGUGUGGCCGGUUGCUCGGGUGCUUCACUCUGGACAAGAGGAGUGCCUGGAGUGACAGGAGGGCAGCAAUUGUCCCGUCCCAGUGUUGGGAUACACAACAACCUGGCUGGUUCCAGGUCACUUGAAAAUGUGAUUUAUUUGGGAAGACUUUUAUUGAGGAGGAGAGCUACACUUGACUUGUCCAUGUCAUCAGCAGGGUGCUCUUGGGAAGCCCAUACAGCAGCCACAGCCAGUGCUUAUGCAGUGAGGCACCUGGAGCCACCAUAAGUCAUGAGUAGCAGCCACAUUUGGGCAUAUCAACACUCUAACCAACUGUUUUCAUGCUCUUGGUUUGGGAUUUCACAGUGUUAGCAUUCCUGUCUGAGGGGAAGAUUUUUUUUUUUAACAGAAUCCUUUUGGAAAAAAAAAAAAAGGCUUCUGCUGCAGUCAGGCAGCUUUUUGCUGAGCCAAGCAUGGAGCCUCCUGCACCAGGACUGCUGUGAAAUCCCAUGUCACCUCCGGGGCAGCUCCUUUCCUUCCAGCUGGACACACUGCUUCUGACUUCACUGCAGGAAGAGACACAGGAGGAUCUAAAACUCAAAACUGGAGGUGUGGGAGAUGCUGCCGUGCACAGCAGGGGGACAGCAGGUAAACCCAGUGGUUACAGCGGUGCUGCCUGUGCCCAGCUGGGUUGCUUCAGCGACCACUCAUUUCUCUGCCCCUUCUCACUGUAGCUCUUCAGACAGUUAUUUGAAGGUGUAAUUACACGUUAACAUCCUCUUUUUUUCCUCUCUCUUAUUUUUUAAGGUUGGUGGCGGGUGCAGUUUGCAGUUGCCCCGAGGUUACCGCUUGUUUGUGUGGUUGUCAUGUAAUCCGGGUUUAGGAAAUGACCUAGCUUAAGAGGACAGGAAAAACAAGGGUUUAUUUCAGUCCCUGGGCUGGGAUUGCAGCGUGGCUCUGCCUCUGCCAGCCUUGCCCAGAGCCUGAGGCUGUCCCUUGCCACAGCCACUUGUGGAGGUCCCCCCAUCUUUCUGCUCCCAGCCUGUCCCUUUUUGUUCCCUUAGUUAUGCCUGGUCCUCCUGGAGUUUUGGCUGGGUGAAGUUGUGGAGCUGGCAUUGGGAACACGAGGAUGCUGCUUGACAAAGGAGGGUUUGCUUCCAUAGCUGUGCUAAUGAAAAGCAGUAGAAGUUUAGCAAAAUGCAGUAGGAAAAGCACUUAACCCCCUAGACUGUGUGUGCAUGGGGGGAAGACACUUCGAAACCACUUCAAAUUCACAAGGAAAGUGGGAAGAUGAGCACAAGGCUUGCUCCUUGGAACCUGGCUGCCACAGGGAUGGCACAGGGCAUGUCCUGGGGUUCUGUUGCUGCUCAGGGAUCCUGGGGCAGGACUGCACCUUAUCCCCUGGCUGGGGGUUUUGCUGUGGUCUCUCUGGUCCCAGUGCCGUUCCCUUGCUACGUCCCCCAGCACAUCCCCUAUUCCCCUCCAAAAGCAAGUGCUGGCUGUGCUCAGCGUUGCAUUUCAGGACCCAAACUCCACCUGUAAAUGUCCCUGCACACACAUACACACACACACACACACACACACACACAGUGUAAGUGACUUGUUUGUACAUCACGUUUAGUUUAGAUACCGGUGUAUGUAUAGAUGACAAAGUAUAUUUCUAUAAACUUGGCAGUUAGGUGCAUGUGUGUGUUUCCAUCUCUGUAUUUCAGGGCACUGCGUUGUUUCCGUGCGUAGCUGAGGGCAGGAGGGGAGUGGGCUGUGAAAGGGCCGAGAUGCUGUUGAUAUUUCCAGGCACACCCUCCAAUAAAUGUUGAUAUUGCCACAUUA